CGCCUCCCGGAAGCAGCUGGCCGCGCUGCCGGCGGCGGGCUGGGACGCUCCGCCAUGGCCGCUGAACCGCGGGCUGCAGCCGGACACCGCACCGCGCCGCCUCGGUGCCCGUCUCGGUGAGCCCCGCCGCUGCCCUCCGUCCCGCGGCCCGCCAUGGGCUCGUUGUUCCGCAGCGAGCCCAUGUGCCUGGCGCAGCUCUUCCUCCAGAGCGGCUCGGCCUACGAGUGCCUCAGCGAGGUGGGCGAGCGUGGCCUGGCCGAGUUCCGAGACCUUAACCCAAAUGUAAGUGUAUUUCAGAGAAAAUUUGUGAAUGAAGUAAAGAAGUGUGAAGAAAUGGAGAGAAUACUUGGAUAUUUAGUACAAGAAAUUAAAAAAGCGGAUAUUCCACUUCCUGAAGGAGAUGUUGCUCCUCCUGCCCCCUUGCUGAAACACAUUUUAGAAAUCCAGGAACAGUUGCAAAAGCUGGAGACAGAAUUGAGGGAAGUAACUAAAAACAAAGAAAAGUUGAGAAAAAACCUGCUUGAACUGACAGAAUACACGUGCAUGUUAGAGGUCACGCAAAGAUUUGUCAGGAGAACAGCUGAGUAUGAAUCCCAUUUACAUGCAAAUUAUGAAGAAUUUCCAUCUGUGGAAAAUGAGCCAUUAGUGGAUUACAACUGUAUGCACAGACUGGGUGCCAAGCUGGGAUUCAUAUCUGGCUUAGUUAACAUAGCAAAAGUUGAAGCAUUUGAAAAAAUGCUGUGGAGAGUCUGUAAAGGAUAUACUAUUCUUACGUACGCAGAGUUGGAUGAAUGCCUGGAAGAUCCAGAUACAGGUGAAACCACAAAAUGGUUUGUUUUUUUAGUGUCCUACUGGGGUGAGCAAAUUGGCCAGAAAGUCAAGAAGAUUUGUGACUGCUAUCACUGUCAUGUGUAUCCCUAUCCAAAUACCACGGAGGAGCGCAAGGCAGUUGUUGAGGGACUAAAUGUUCGUAUUCAGGAUCUUCAUACUGUGCUGCAUAAAACUGAGGAUUAUUUACGCCAAGUCUUGUGUAAAGCAUCUGAAUCCAUCUAUACAUGGGUUAUCCAAGUGAAGAAGAUGAAAGCCAUUUAUCAUGUACUCAACCUGUGCAGUUUUGAUGUCACAAAUAAAUGUUUAAUCGCUGAGGUUUGGUGUCCAGUGGCUGAUAUGCAGAAUUUGCGCCAUGCCUUAGAGGAAGGUUCAAGGAAGAGUGGAGCUACAAUUUCUUCAUUCAUGAAUACCAUCCCAACAACACAACCUCCUCCAACUUUGAUACGUACCAAUAAAUUCACCUCAGGGUUCCAAAACAUCGUUGACGCUUAUGGAGUUGGAAACUAUGGGGAAGUUAAUCCAGCUCUCUAUACCAUCAUCACUUUUCCCUUCUUGUUUGCGGUUAUGUUUGGAGACUUCGGGCAUGGUCUACUAAUGUUCAUAUUUGCACUCCUGACAAUACUGUAUGAAAAACACCCUAGAUUACAAAGGUCACAAGAUGAGAUAAUGAAAAUGUUAUUUGAAGGCCGAUAUGUUAUUUUAUUAAUGGGUCUGUUUUCUGUAUACACUGGAUUGAUCUAUAAUGACUGUUUUUCAAAGUCAUUGAAUAUAUUUGGUUCUGGAUGGAAUGUUUCAGCAAUGUUUGAACAGAAGGUUUGGCGUCCUGAGGAUCUGAAGUCUAACCAAUUUUUAACACUGGAUCCAAAUGUUACUGGUGUAUACAAUGGAGCUUAUCCCUUUGGAAUUGAUCCGAUCUGGAAUUUGGCAAGCAAUCGUCUCAGUUUUUUAAAUUCUUUCAAAAUGAAAAUGUCUGUGAUUUUUGGAGUAACUCACAUGACCUUUGGAGUUGUAUUGGGGGUAUUUAACCACUUGCAUUUCAAGAAGAAGUAUAAUAUUUAUUUGGUUUUUCUUCCUGAACUUUUAUUCAUGAUGUGCAUCUUUGGCUACCUUGUGUUUAUGAUCUUCUUUAAAUGGUUAGCAUACUCUGCAGAGGACUCUACAUCUGCUCCUAGUAUUCUGAUUCAAUUUAUUAACAUGUUCCUGUUUCCUGGUGGUGAAACAGAGGUCUUCUACACCGGACAGGUUGCUCUGCAGAGGUUUUUACUUAGUAUUGCUUUCCUUUCUGUUCCUGUAAUGCUUUUUGGUAAACCACUUUAUUUAUAUUGGUUGCACAGUGGAGGCCGAGGCAUUAGAAUGUACAGGAGUGGCUACAAGCUAAUUCGAAAAGAAAGUGAAGAAGAACUUUCCCUGCUGAGAUGUCAUGAUGUAGAAGAAGGAAGCAGUCAUUCAGACAGUGGGCACAGAGAAGGGGAUGCAGAGGAGUUUAAUUUUGCAGAUGUUUUUAUGAAUCAAGCAAUUCAUACCAUUGAAUACUGUCUAGGAUGUAUUUCUAAUACAGCCUCAUAUCUGAGACUCUGGGCAUUAAGUCUUGCUCAUGCACAGUUAUCGGAAGUUCUAUGGCAAAUGGUGAUGAGAGUGGGUCUUCGUGUGGAUGCAACAUAUGGUGUCUUACUGCUAGUCCCAGUUCUAGCCUUUUUUGCUGUGCUAACAGUUUUUAUUCUUUUGGUCAUGGAGGGGCUCUCUGCUUUUCUCCAUGCUAUACGACUUCACUGGGUGGAAUUUCAGAACAAAUUCUACUCUGGUGGAGGAUACAAGUUUACGCCUUUCUCUUUUAAGCACAUUUCUUUACAUUUUAAUAAAGAUGACACGGCAUAGUUUGGUUGCUGUCAGCAGAAAUGUUUGGAAUUGUCUGCAAAAAUCAUGUGAUUGGAUCUCACCUAUGAAUGGUUUCUUGUAGGACAAAGUGUUUUUCACUGAUUGCCUUAUAAUGCAGCCAAAUAAUUCUAAUACAUACCUCCCACAGAAAUACAUAGCAGAUCUGGAGCAUCUUGUAAAGUAUAUUGAUAUAAAAUGUACAUUUUUCUUGAUAAACUAAUGUUGUAAAUUAAUUUUAUUCUUAAAAAAAAGUUGUUACUGCUUGUCCUAAAACCAGUGUAGUUUUUUUUUUUUGAGGCUGCUUAUUUUCUUGAAUGAUUACUUUUAAGUUAUUGGAAAGACUUUUCAUCAUAUUAAACAUUCAUUACUAACCACAUACUUAAGCAAACUACCCUCUCAUGCACUUUGGGAACAAUUCAGCAAUGCAACAGAAGCAAUGUAUGUUUUCUGUAUCUAUUCCAGAAGGAUUAUGAAAUGUUAAAUUUAUACAUAACAAUGCAAAAUGCUCUUUUUUUUUGGCCACAUUUAAAAUUGCACCGAAAAUGUUAACUGUUUACUCUGAGUUCUGCCCAGAGUUAUUACAUUAAUCUUUCAGAAGCCACAGUGAUAUUUAAUGUUGUGGAAGAAGGCAGGAUUAGAAGUGGAGACUGGAAGUUAUUAGCCCUCUUAUUUCCCUGUCGUGAGGAGCCUUCUGCUAUGUUUUGUUCUGCAAAGUGAGCUGGGUGCAGCCCAUCCCUUUGGGUUAGCUGGAUGGGUAAAAACCUAGGAAAAAGUCUUGCAGUGUCAGGGUGAGGACUCAAAUAAAAGAAUCAAACUGCUUGCUAGAACUUUCUAUCCCGGGUUCUACUUCUACAGUGUGGUCACACACAGAGUUUCUACUCUUAGGAGCAAUUCUUGCACCGUGACUGAAGAAUUGGCCUCGAUCCGUGUUUCGUGUGGCUCUAAGGACAUCCAUAGUGUUAUUUACCCGAUGUUAUUGAACCAAAGUUUAUACCGAAUAGGUGGAAAGGAGUUGUUUUGUAUUAUUUUUUUGUAUCCGUGUAAAAAUGGGGAUAUUACCAUAAUGUUUUAACAUCUGUGCCAUAAGAACAGCAUACGUUAAAUUUUGCACUUGUUUCGAACUAAUUCCAAAUAAAACCUCGUUUGCGCUGUUC